UAUUUUCUGACCAGUGUAUGGUUUCUUUGACAGGCAAAUAGCCCAGGAUGCCCGUUGCCAGAAGCUGGGUGUGUCGAAAGACAUAUGUUACCCCGCGACGUCCUUUUGAGAAGUCGCGGUUGGACCAGGAGUUAAAGCUCAUUGGUGAAUAUGGGCUUCGUAACAAACGUGAGGUGUGGAGGGUGAAAUUCACUCUUGCCAAGAUUCGCAAAGCUGCCAGAGAACUGCUGACUCUGGAUGAGAAAGAUCCCAAGCGUUUGUUUGAAGGUAAUGCCCUGCUUAGGCGUCUGGUGCGCAUUGGUGUGUUGGAUGAGGGGAAGAUGAAGCUCGAUUACAUUCUGGGCUUGAAAAUUGAAGAUUUCUUGGAGAGGCGUCUUCAGACCCAAGUGUUCAAGUUGGGUUUGGCCAAAUCCAUCCAUCAUGCUCGUGUAUUGAUCAGACAGAGGCACAUCCGUGUCCGCAAGCAAGUGGUCAACAUCCCAUCUUUCAUUGUGCGCUUGGAUUCCCAAAAGCACAUUGACUUCUCUCUGCGCUCACCAUACGGUGGUGGACGUCCUGGCCGUGUUAAGAGAAAGAAUGCCAAGAAGGGACAAGGUGGUGCCGGAGGUGGAGAUGAUGAAGAGGAAGAUUAAACUGUAAAUUGGGCUUCCCAACACCAUCUGGGAUGUGUAGUGAAGAGUUGUAAAAUAAACUUGGUUUAACA